AUGAAAGGGCAAACGAGUAUACUCCUUGUUGUUAUUCACACAUUUCUCCUUUUCAAGGAAUAUUUUUGCCUAUUAAAAAAAAGAAACUAUUACACCUCAACAUUCACUUCAACCUUCAACUUAACAAAUAAAAGUGUAACAAAAUUAAAGAGUGUCAGAAAGAAGUAUUCAUUGAGGAACACUACAUUUAUAAAAACUUUUAAAAGUCGUCUUACUAAAAAUUAUUCUACUUUUUGCUUUAUUUGGAGUAAUAUUCUUUAUGUAACACAAAAGAGGAGAGUGCCUAGUACGUUAGAAAAGAACAAUAAAUUAUCAAUUUUAGGUACUCCAACGGGUGGUAUGACUAGCUUGGUCAUAUCAACAAAGGCGUACGCGAAAAGGAACUCUGAAGAGAAGAAGGAAAAUAAACAAAAAGAAAAAGCGAGUAAAGAAGGGGAAUUGCAAAAAGAAAAGGAGAACAAAUCACAGAAGAGAAGAGGAAGAAGAGGUAGAAGUAGCACCAUAAGAGAUUCCCCAGACGGUGCUACAGUUUCUGCUUUACGCGCUGAAAAUAAUAUAAAGAAGAGGGGGAGGAAAAAGAAAAAAACAGCUCAGAAGGAAGAAGCAGUACAGGCAGAAAAUGAGGAAAAUAUGUUAGAUGAAGAGCAAAAGGGGGAAGAAUUUUAUUAUGACAGAGCAGAGGACAAUGUUGAAAAAGAAGAGGGGAUAGAAACCAAAGGGAUAUCGAAAGAGGAAGAAGAGCGACAAAAAGAACGGGAAAGAGAAAGGCAAAAGGAAAAGGAAGAGAGAGAUAAAAAGAUCGAGUUCAUCAAAAAAGUAGAAUUUUUACUAGAAGAAGAUGAAAAAAAUCAUCAGUUGUAUGAAGAAAGACCAGAUAUAAGUAAACUUAGAUUCGGGGAAAAGCCCCCACCAGAGAGCCAAGAUCUAAUGAAUGCAAUCUUAUCGAGUGUUCAUAAAAAUGAAAAGUUGGAAGAACGAGAAACAAUUGACAAUACGGACAAAUCAGAACAACGGAGCAGCUUGAAAUAUAAGCACCUAUUUUAUGAGCUGCUACGAAUUAGCAACUCGAAUAGCUUUAAGACUCACAAAAUAUAUACACAUAAGGAUUUAAUAUACGGAAUGAAGUACCGCAAAUUAGGUGAGAGCAACCUAUGUGUAAGUGAAAUUUGUAUUGGGACUAGUAUGUAUGAAAAUGAGAAUUUCAUAAGUAAAGACGAUGUAAAUGUUUUACUAAAUAUGGCUUUUUAUGAAUAUGGAAUAAAUUUUUUUGAUAUUUGUGAAUAUGAUCCAUUUCCACAUGACCCAGACAGCUACAAAAAAAGUAAAAACGUAAAUAUGAAUUUAUUUCUUAAGGAUAAAAAAAGAGAAAAUAUAGUCAUAAAUUUAAGAAUGUGUUCAUCAAGGAAUGUAGAAAAAAGUGCACAUGGUGAUUAUUAUUUAAGUUGGAUAAUGGAAGGUUUCAAAGAUGAUACUCCCAGUUUUUAUAAUAUAGAACAAAGGCUAGAUAAAAUUUUAAAAAAUUUAAAUACAAAUUAUGUGGAUAUUUUAACUAUUGAUUUACCUGAACGAUACAUACCUAAUAGUGUGAACGGAGAAGAUACUUAUGUAUGGGGAUAUGAAAAUUUAAACCUAGAAAAUAAAAAGGUAAUAUCCAUAGAGGAACAAUUUGAAAUAUUAGAAAAGUUAGUUCUUAAAGGAAAAGUUAGACAUAUUGCUGUAUCGAAUGAAAGUGUAUGGGGUAUAUAUGAAUGGUGUAAUAUAUCAAAAAAAAAAAAAAAAAAAAAUAUGAAAAUUUUGUGUGUACAGAAUUUAUAUAAUUUAUUACAUAGAAAUGAAGUAGAAUCAUCAGGAAUGGUCGAAAUGAUAUUAAAGGAAAAUUAUAAUGUGCCAUUAGUACCUUAUGGAUUAUUGGCUGGAGGAAUAUUAACAGGAAAAUAUUUAGACCCAGAGAGAUAUCAUACUAUUGGUCCAGAAACAUUACUAGGGGAUGAUCAACUUGACCAUGAUUUAGACGAUUCAAGGGGAAAUAAGGCGGAAGAUUAUGGGUAUUUAUCAUAUGGACCAAGAAAUGGUAGAUGUAAUAAAUAUCCACAUCUAUAUAAAUCACAUAGAUGUGUAUGGGCUCAAGAUGCUACUGCAGAAUAUAUGAAAAUAGCUCGAUCACAUGCGAUGACCCUGAGUCAAUUAAGUUUAAGUUUUGUUUAUAGUAGACCCUUUGUAGCUUCAUCUAUUAUAGGACCAAGAACAUUAGGACAACUAAAAGACUCCGUUUUAGCAUUAAAUUAUCCAAUGUAUCAACACACUGAAUAUGAUAUACAUGAAAUUUUUCUAAGAUAUAGGGGUUGUACUAUGGAUGGAAAUACUAUUUUAAAUAGUCUUAAGGACCCAAAUAAGACUAGUCAAAAUGCUUUUUACAAAACAGCAAAUAUACCUAUAUUCAGUGGAGGAUCAUACUGGAAUAAUUAUCCCUUACCAUUUUUACCUAAACGAUAUGCAUACACAGAUUUAAAAGAAGAACAUGAUAGAAUAAGAUCAACAUUUGGUUUAAAUGAUGAACCAAAUGAUUCAAAUUUUAUUAGUUCACGUAUAUGGAUUGAAAGAGAAAAAAGAAAAGGAGAAUAUUUUGCACUAAAGGAAAGUAUUUUAUUUGAAUGGGAUAAAUAUAAAGUACGUAAAGGUAUAAUUACCGAACUCAGUAAUACAGAAAAGACUCUUUAUGAUACUAGAGAUUUUCAUUUUUACUUUAAAAACAAUACCAUAUCAGUUACUCCAACAGAUGACGAAAUAAGAGAAUUUUAUGAAAAUAAAGAAAAAGUGAAAAAAGUUAUCAGCCAAGCAAUAAAUGAUCAUCAGGAAUUAUAUCAAUAUCAAGAUCAGAUAGGACAAGAUAUGCCUGACAUUUUUAAUAAUCUGGAUAUUGAUCUAAUAUAUAAGCAGUUAUUAAAUAGGCACAAUAUAAAUCCACUCGAUAAAAUGGAACUAGAUUAUAUUUACCAGUACAUCAAAUUAACCCCAUCAGAAAUUAAAACAGAAAGCUUUUGGUAUAUCUACAAAUACAACCCCUUUGGCACAUCAUUUGGAUUUAGAACUGGUACCGAACCAUGA